CAGUUGCAACAACACCUUCAGGUGAUGCCCUAUUCACAACUACACCUGGACCGGCCACCGAUAUUCCUUCGGUUGAAACAACAGUAGGAUACACUCGGAUCCAUGGUCUCAGAAUCACCACUGAAGGAGCCAUAACACCAACAGGAGCCGCAACAACACUUUCAUCUGAAGCCAGAAUCACAGCUACGCCUGGUCCGGCCGCACAAGCUCCGUCGGUUGAGACUACAGUAGGCUACACCACGAUUCCUGGUAUCAGAAUCACCAUUGAAGGAGCUACAACACCGCCAGCAGUUGCAUCAACACCUUCAGGUGAUGCCCAAUUAAAAACUACACAGGCUCCGACCACCGAAGUUCCUUCGGUUGAAACAACGGUACGAUACACUACGAUCUCAAGUGUCAGAUUGACCACUGCAGGAGCAACAACGCCACCAGGAGCCGCAACAACACCUUCAGGUGAAGAGAGAAUCACAACUACACCUGGUCCUGCCACAGAUGUUCAUUCGGUUGAAACCACAGUGGCAUACACUACGAUUCUUGGUCUCAAAACGACCACUCAAGGCCCCACAACACCAUCAGGAGCUGCAACAACUCCUUUUGGUGGGGCCAGAACCACAACUACACCUGGUGCAGCCAACGAAGUUCCUUCGGUUGAAACAACAGUAGGCUACACUAGGAUUCCAGGUGUCAUGAGCAUAACAGAAGAAGCCACACCCAAACCAGGAGCCGCAACAACACCUUCAGGUGAAGCCAAAAUCACAACUAAGCCUAGUCAGGCCACCGAAGUUCCUCCGGUUGAAACAACAGUAGGAUAUACUACGAUUCCAAGUAUCAGAAUGACCACUGAAGGCGUCACAACACCACCAGGAGCUGCGACAACACCUGCAGGUGAAGCCAAAUUCACAACUCCACCUGGUCCGGCCACCGAAGUUUUUCCGGUUGAAACAACAGUAGGACCGCCUACGAUUUCUGAUGUCAGAAUCACCAAUGAAGGAGCUACAACACCAUCAGGAGCCGCAACACCACCUUCAUUUGAGGCCAGAAUCACAACUACACCUGGUCCGACCACCGAAGCUCCUCCAGUGGAAACAACGGUAGGAUACACUAUGAUUCCUGGUGUCAGAAUCACCACUAAAGAAGCUACAACACCAUCAGGAGCCGCAACAACACCUUCAGUUGAGGCCAGAAUCACAACUACACCUGAUCCGACCACCGAAGCUCCUUCAGUUGAAACAACAGUAGGAUACAUUACGAUUCCUGGUGUCAGAAUGACCACUGAGGGCGCUACAACACCACCAGUAUCUGCGACAACACCUUCAGGUGAGACCAGAAUCACAACUACACCUGGUCCGGCCAUCGGAGUUCCUUCGGCUGAAACAACAGUAGGACACACUACGAUUCCUGGUGUCAGAACUACCACUGAAGGCGCUACAACACCAUCAGUAGCUGCCACAACACUUUCGGGUGAAGCCAUAAUCACAAGUAUAUCUGGUACAGCCACCGGAGUUCCUUCGUCUGAAACAACAGUAGGAUACAUUACACUUCCUGGUGCCAUAACGACCACUGAAGGCACUACAACAUCACCAGUAGCUGCGACAACACCUUCAGGUGAGACCAGAAUGACAACUACACCUGGUACGGCCACCGGAGUUCCUUCGGCUGAAACAAUAGUGGAAUACACAACGAUUCCUGGUGUCAGAACUAUCACUGAAGGUGCCAAAACACCACCAGUAGCUGCGAAAACACCUUCGGGUGAGGCCACAACUACAACUAUACCUGGUCCGGCCAUCGAUGUCCCUUCGGUUGAAAAAACAGUAGGAUACACUACGAUUCCUGAUGUCAGAAGUACCACUGAAGGCGCUACGACACCACCAGGAGCUGCGACAACACCUUCGAGUGAGGCCAGAACCACAAAUACACCUCGUCCGGUCACCGAAGUUCCUUUGGUUGAAACAACGGUAGGCUACACUACGAUUACAAGUAUCAGAAUGACCACAGAAGGCGCCACAACUUCACCAGGAACUGCGACAACUCCUUCAGGAGAGACCCGAAUCACAACUACACCUACUCCGGCCCCCGAGUUUCGUUCGGCUGAAACAACAGUAGGAUACACUACGAUUCCUGGUGUAAGAACUACCACUGAAAGCGCCACAACACCACCAGUAGCUGCGACAACAACUUCGGGUGAGGCCAUAAUCACAACUACACCUGGUCCGCGCACCGGAGUUCCUUCGGCUGAAACCACAGUAGGAUACACUACGAUUCCUGGUGUCGGUGUUACCACUGAAGGAACUGCAACACCACCAGGAGCCGCAACAACACCCUCGGGUGAGACCAAAAUCACAACUACACCUGGUCCGGCCACCGAAGUUCCUUCGGUUG